GCAGUAAUAACGACGAGAGUGCGAGCGGUCAGCUUUCGCACAUGCGGACCUGAAGAAUUGGCUCAGUGCGCGAAAAGUUUGUCUGUUUUAACAGAUUCCGGUCUGAGUUUCGUAGGAAGCAAGGAGGAUCUCGAUAUGGUCUGCCCGGAUCUGGAAAAGUCACUGACAUGCAUACACGGAUACAGUCGACUCUGCAUGAAUCUGCAGCAACGCAAGCACUUCAGAAAGCUCUUCCACGGCACCGCAUCAAUGGCGAACGACCUCUGCAGGAACGGCACCUACCAGGAGGAGUUCUUGUCGCACGCCCCUUGCAUGCAGAGGGUCGCGGGCGAUACGGAGGUCUGUUUCAGCAGGUACUCUGCUGCCAUGACCGAAAUUCAAGCAGCUACGAACAAGCAACAAGAACUCGAGGAGGCGGCGCAGCGUAACCGCUACCAUCAUCACCACCACCAUCACCACCAUCACAGGAACAAGACGGACGCGGAAACCGCCUACAAGUAUCAGAAGGCGAAAAGGGAGCCGGCGGACGACGGACUAAAAAGCGUGUGCUGCUCGUUCCAAGAGUACCUUAAUUGUUAUACGCAAACAAUUAGGAGGUCCUGCGGUGAAGACGCAGCCUUAUUUAGUAGAAGAUUUCUGGAUCAAAUGGCCUCAUCCAUGAUUAAGAUGCAUUGUAUGGACUUCAGCGCGGAAGAUUGCAGACAAAAAGGAUUUCACAUAGAAGGCUUUCACACGGAAGGCCUUUCAUAUCCUUACAACGCAUCACAGAAGCUAUCAUCGAGUAUUAGAGCACUUUUAGUUGUAGUCACAUUAGCGCUCUUUAACAGGUGAACUACCCCUAAUACAUUAGCUUAAAAACAAAUACUUGUGAUUCCGCCAGAAUGUGUAAAUAUUGCACCUCAUUGUUAUAAAAGGGAAAGUUAAAAAAUAUUUUUCUUAAAAAAAAACUAUUUUAAACAAAUUUGGUCAACU